AUGUUGCGAUCUUUCAUUAGAAGGACCGCCGUCCCUCGCUUUGCCGCCCCUAGGUUGGCAACCCCCGCCACGCCUCUCCGCACCCCUUCGCCCUUGUUCAACGCCGCCCGCGGCUUCAGCUCCAAGCCCGAGGGUGCCCGUGCCCAAGCCUCAAGCGCCGCGGGUGCAUUGAACUGGAAAACGUUUGCGGUGUUCACGGUAACAGGAUCAGGAUUGCUGCUCUACUUCCGCGAAGAAAAGAAGCGCGUCGAGAUCGCCCGUGAGGAAGAGGCACGUGUGGCAAAGGAAAGUGCAACAUACGGAAAACCCAAAAUCGGUGGCCCCUUCUCCCUCAUCGAUCAGAACGGGAUCCGGACAACCAACGAGGAUUUCAAAGGACGUUAUAUGCUCAUCUAUUUCGGAUUCACAAACUGCCCCGAUAUCUGUCCCGAGGAGUUGGAUAAGAUGGCGGAAGUCCUUGAUACCGUCAAGGCUGACCCUGAGAUUGGCGACGUGAUCACGCCCAUCUUCAUCACCUGCGACCCUCAACGCGACACCGUCGCAGAAGUCAACGAAUACGUCAAAGAUUUCCACAAGGACCUGAUCGGAUUGACGGGCACUCUCGAAGAAAUCGCCCGCGUCGCAAAAUCCUACCGCGUCUACUUCUCAAAACCCCCUAAAGUCGACCUGGGAGAAGACUACCUUGUCGACCACUCCAUCUUCUUCUACCUCAUGGCUCCUGACGGUUCCUUUGUCGAUUGUUAUGCCAAGGAUCAUACUGCCGAGUUUGUGUCCCAGAGUGUUAAGGACCACAUUGGAAAGUUUAAGGAAGAGGGUGGGAAGAUUUUGCCAAAGUUGAAUGAGAAGCGUCUUUCAGAGUCGCCUGCAUCUGCAUAG